AUGGCACCAACUACAGCCGCGACAGAACCAUCGACUUUGAUUGAGUCCUUCCAUAAUGCCCUGCUCAAAGUUCACGAAAAUCCCUGCCCACAAGUACCAAAUCCUCCAAACUGCAAGAAACGUGCCUCGGUAGCCGUUAUCCUUCGAGUCCGCCCACAAUAUAMCCMCCUGCCACAAUCGCCGGUCAUAGUAACCGAUAAGGCAGCUUCAACAUCGCAACAAUUGAGUGACUUCUUUGCCCAAGACUGGGUGCAGCAUGGUGAUCCGGAACUGUUAUUCAUCAAACGAGCAUCGAGGGUUGGUGACCGAUGGACUGGGCAUGUAGCGCUACCCGGAGGGAAACGAGAUCCUGAAGAUGAAAAUGACAAGGCGGCUGCUGUUAGAGAAGCGCAGGAAGAAGUUGGUCUGGAUUUGACUACAGAGGAAUUGAUAUAUAUCGGCAAUCUGCCAGAGCGAGUGGUGACUACCUCCUUCGGCAGCGUUCCAUUGAUGGUCUUGUGUCCAUUUAUAUUCCUCUUGACAUCUAAUAAUGCCCCGGCUCUUACGCUUCAGCCUACAGAGGUGGCUUCGACGCAUUGGGUUUCACUCAGAGCUUUAUUAUCGCCGUCUCUACGAUCCGUCGAAUACGUGAACGUCUCAGCUCGCUACGCCAAACAACAUGGACUGAUAAGAUGGGGUUCAUCGCGCUGGAUGACCGGAAUGAUGGAGUUUUCAGCUCUGAGACUGUUGCCGACCGAAAGUUUAUACUCCAGCACCACUCCGGGCUUUCUUCCGGAUGAGGCACAUCAAGAAAAACCGUCUAUAUUACAAAGACUCAAUCCUUGGGCUGUGCGACAGGCCACCUACGGCGAAAAGAACCGAGAAUUACUGCUGUGGGGCCUUACAUUGGGUAUUAUGGCAGAUUUCCUAGAUUUGCUUCCCCCGCACAAUGCUGUUGAUCUUUGGAAGCAUCCUACAUUUACUGCUCCUGAUCUCAGGCUUAUAGUCUCGCUUCUCACCUACUCCAUUCGCAAGAGGAAUGCGACAAAAGUCAGGGCUGCUCGAAGGCCCAGUCAAACCGCUGCCGAUGACUCCACUAUGGCGUUAUCUGUCGAAGACGAGGGCGAGCAGAGUCCUAGCGCCGAGAAUAAAGAUGGGACGACGAUCGCGCUGCUCACUACAACCUGCGCAGCAUCCUCAGAACAAUCGAUCAGAUUGAAUUUCGACUCUUCGAAACUGUCAAAAUCUGUCGCCUCCCCGCAAACAAACAUGGUCGCGACUCAUAAGCUUUAUCCUCGCGGUACCGUGAAGCGCAUCGUCAAGGCCCAUGCCGGUCGCAGCAUUAGCAAGAAUGCCGACGUCCUGAUAUUUCUAGAUUACAUGCUAUUCAUGCAAGAACUCAUGCGCGAAGCAUCAAUCCGAUCCCGAAAAGCAGGCGAGAAGGGAAUCUCAGCGCGAAACAUUCGCAGAGUUACGGAGGUCAAUAUGCUCGUCCUACUUUGCGUGGUCGAUCUCGACAAUACUGACUCGCAAAUUAUUGAAUAG